UUCCUCCGCCACUCUGUAGGUCGGAACGUUGUUUCCUGUGAGCCGGAACGAAGCUCACAUCUCAACAUGUCGUGAAAAGUGUUAUUGAAUGUUCCCAGCUUUACUUAAAAAUAUGACGGAGAUUCUGAUUAGACUCUAUAUUCCGUAUUCUUUAUUAUUUUUGUCGUAUCACUCUGAGCUGGUGAGGUUUUCAUCCGCACAAGAUUACGAUGAGUCCCUGGAGCUCACCCUGUCACACAGUGCUGUGUCUGACUUGGAGAACAGUCCCAAGUUUGUGGAGUCAGAGGACCUGGACUCUCUGCCAAAGAGGCAGUUCAAAACAGCUGAGAUUGCAGAUGCUGUGAUGGGGACUGAAGCUCCCAUUGAUCCAUCUGACAUUGAGUCCCUCUUUCCCAAGAAUGUGAAAGACUUCGAGUCAGGGUUCUCCCCACCUUGUGAUGAGAGCAGUGCACAGUGUGGUUCCCCUGCUCUGGCUGCUGGAGCAUCACAGGAGGAGAGGAGCGCUGAGUCAACACAGCAGCUCACUCUUGAGAUGGUUCAUGCAGAAGUCACACAAACAGAGGAGCAGAACACGACAGAGGCCGCCAAGACGUACAAGGUGAACUGUGACAAGAGGAACACCACAGGAAUGGACAUGUUCACUGUGCAGGUCCUCAAUGCUUCACAGGAUCUGAUGGAGUUCCUGAAUGCUAACAGCACAGAGUGCUCUGUGGUGCUGUUCUUCACUACCUGGUGCCAGUUUUCAGCCAGCCUGGCACCUCACUUCAACGCCCUGCCCAGAGUCUUUCCCAGCAUGCACUUCCUGGCGCUGGAUGCUUCACAGCACAGCAGCCUGUCCACGCGGUUCGGGACUGUGGCAGUACCCAACAUCCUGCUUUUCCAGGGGGCCAAACCCAUGGCUCGCUUCAACCACACUGACAGAACACUGGACACACUCACCUCCUUCAUCGCCAACCAAACAGGAUUUGAAGCCGGCCCUGAAGGAAGCGUGCUGGAUGCAGACCUUCUCGGCCCCCUCCCCAGCGUCCCAGUGACCAGCAUUGACUGGCUGCUGGUCUUCUCUAUCCUCUUCAUCACUGGCUUCACCCUGUAUGCCAUCCUGCGGACGGACAGCAUCCGCUGGCUCAUACCGGGACAGGAGCACGAGCAUCAGGACUGAAAGCACACAUGGACUGCUAACAGCUGGACGUAUUGAUUUUAUUUGUCAUUAAAAUUAACAGUUGCUUAUUUGCUUUUGUUUCUAAUGUUUGAUUAAAAAAUGAUAACUUA